AUGCCCGCCCCGUCCCCCCUUGCCAUCGCGACGCAGUCGGUCCAGCGCCUCGUCAAGGAGCAGAAGUACUACGAGAAGGAGCUGGCCUCGCAGACGGAGCGCGUGCAGAAGCUCGAGGCGGACCAGGAGCAGAAGAGCAAGGCCCAGACCAACGGCAACAGUACUACUACAACCACAACGGCGGACGGCAAUGCCGAGUAUGUGAUUAAGCAGGAGAAGCAGGCAAUGGAAGAGACCAAGGCCGUCUUCGCCCCGCUGAAGACGCGCAUCGAGGAGGCCGUCCAGAGACUCGAGGAGCAGAUCGCGACGGCCGAGGAGAACGCCCCCACGGACGAGAUGACCAAGGCGAACGAGGCGUUGAGUCUGAGCAAGGGUGUCGAAGCUGCAUGA